CUCCUUGAUCUUAGCAUGAACAAAUUAGAGGGUGACGUUCCACAAGAGUUGGGGAAGUUAGAGAACCUUGAGAUUCUCUACUUUCAUAGCAAUGACCUGGGAGGCGGCUCUGACAACUCUUCCCUCAGUUUCUUAACAGCACUUACAAACUGUUCAUUGCUAAAAAAACUGAACUUUGCUUCAUGUUUGUUCGCCGGAAAUCUACCGGCUUCUAUUGGUGCUCUUUCGAAAGAAUUUUAUUACUUCAAUCUCUUGAAUAACCGUAUUACAGGAGAGAUACCAGGAAGUAUUGGGAACUUGAGCAGCCUUGUGCACUUAACUCUGUGGGGCAACUUUUUGGAUGGAAGAAUACCUACAACAUUCGGAAAGCUUCAGCAGUUGCAAAGGUUAGACUUGGGAACAAACGGACUUUCUGGGCCAAUUCCCGAGGACAUGGGAAACAUGGAUAAUCUUGGUUUGCUGGAUGUGAGUGAUAACUUGAUUAGCGGGUCGAUUCCCUCUACACUUGGUAAUCUCUCUGAACUGAGAUAUCUUUGUCUGGAAACCGCCUAUCAGGAAAGCUUCCCCUCGAACUCACCCGAUGUUCUCGCAUGAUGCUUAU